AUGGAGAAGCAGCCGGUGGAGAACGACCAGUGGAACAACCCCUAUCCACUGGUGGACGACGACGACUUCUCGAAGAAGGAGAACAAGGACGACGGCGAGAAGGAAACCGAGUCGAGCGACUCGUCGGAGAGCGAUAUCUCGCUGGACACCGAGGACUCGGAGGACAAGACGGCGGAGUCCGCGCAGCCGGAGGACGACAUGGCGGAGCAGAUGAAAUCUCUGUUCCAAGAUUUGUUCACGAGGAACGGGAACCGGAUUCAGAUCGAUCAGAUAAAUGUCCUGGUGAUGAGGGAGCUUAGCAAGCGAUUGGAGCUCGGAAAAUGGUACCAGCGGAACGCUGCGAAGGCUGCUGAGAUUUUCCAGAGUUUGUCGAGACGAAACGAUGGAACAGGAUUUUAUGAUUAUCGUGGAUAA